CCUUGGGGCCAUGCCCCCUCCCUGGCUCCCCGGGCAGGUGCCCCCUCCCAGCAGCCCCGUGGCGAGGGUGGGGGCCAGGACCCCCCAUCCACCCCGUCCCGUGCCGGGGCGCUGAGCGCAGCAAAGCCCUUUGUCGCGGCCUCUGCAGCCCCGGCAGAUUUCGGCGGGCGCCAAUGGCCGGGCCUGGCCCUAAUCCCCCCGGCCAGGGAAUUAGUGCCCGCUAAGCCAGGCUGAAUAACCCUCCCGCAGACAACAGGGCCGGGGCGGGGGGAGCCCCCCGAGGCCAGCCCCACUGCGGGCCGGGGGGGCACCCAGGGCCCCCCCUGUGUGGGGUUGGGGGAGCCUGGCUCCCAGCAGUGUGGCCUCAAUGCAUCCCCAAAAUAUUGGGGGGGGGGGGGGGGGGCGUGGGAGUCCUCAGCACUGACCCCGGCCCCCUGAGCGCAGGGGUCCCCCCAACCCCACAAAGGGCACCUAUGGGUCAGAGCCCCUCCCCAGCAAGGCAGCCCCAGGGAUGGAGGGGGGUGCAGCUCUGGGGGGGGGUCCCCACUACCCUGGGGGCACAGGGCUUCCCUGGGGGAACCCGCGGACGGGGUCCCCUCGUUGCACAUCACUCAGCCCCCGCCCCGGGCAGCGAAGUGGUUAACGGGGGGUGGCAGCGGUGGGAUCCCACCCCCGGGGCCGGCCCGGGGGGGGCCUUAUAAAGGUGGGCACGGGUGGCCCCCGGGGAGGGGAGCGGGGCCGUGGAGGGCAGCGGGGCCAGGCCAUGCGGGAGCUGCGCUCGUCCUCCUUCUGGAGGGCCGUCCUGGCCGAGUUCCUGGGCAGCCUCCUCUAUGCCCUGCUGGGGCUGGGGGCCUCCCUGCGCUGGGCCCCGGGCCCCCCCAGUGUCCUGGGGGCGGCCCUGGCCUUCGGGCUUGCCCAGGCCACCCUGGUGCAGGCGCUGGGCCAUGUCAGCGGAGGCCACGUCAACCCGGCCAUCACCCUGGCCUUCCUGCUGGCCUCGCAGCUCUCCCUGCCCCGUGCCCUGGGCUACCUCCUGGCCCAGGUGCUGGGCGCGCUGGCCGGGGCCGGCGUGCUCUACGGGGUGACACCGGCCCCCGUCCGCGGCACCCUUGGCCUCAGCGCGCUGCACCCUGGCGUGGGCCCGGGCCAGGGCACGGUGGUGGAGCUGCUCCUGACCGCCCAGUUCGUCCUCUGCGUCUUCGCCAGCUUUGACGACCGCCACGACGGGCGCCCAGGCUCAGCCGCGCUGCCCGUCGGCUUCUCCCUCACCCUCGGCCACCUCUUCGGGAUCCACUACACAGGCGCCAGCAUGAACCCCGCACGCUCCUUCGCCCCUGCCGUCAUCACCCGCAACUUCGCCAACCACUGGGUGUACUGGGCAGGCCCGCUGCUGGGCGCGGCGCUGGGCGCGGUGCUGUACGAGUUCGCGCUGUGCCCGCGGCCGCGCAGCCUGGCCGAGCGCCUGGCCGCCCUCAAGGGAGAGCCCCCCGCCGCCGAGGCGCCCCCCGAGCCGCCGGCCGAGCCGCUGGAGCUGAAGACGCAGGGCCUGUAGGCCGGGCCCGGCCUCCCCCACCCCCCCCGCUGCUUUGCUGUGACGGGGCCGCCGCGGUGCGUGUGGUGCGUGUGUGUGCGGCGCGGCGGGGGGGGCCCCGCGGCCGGGACUCGGCCCCCGGCCCCCCCGGGGCCGCCCGUACCGGGCUGGGGCCGCCCCGCCCCGCCGCGGCGGGACUUCUGUGUUCGGUGAAUUAAACCUGGUCUUUUAUUUUGGUAA